GAAAUGUAGUUGUGUGUUAUUGUCGUAUUUCAUCUUUUUCUGUGUUUCAUUGAAUCACAGAAGGAUUUCAUUCAAGAGAGUAAAAAAUACAUCCUAUUCUCUGCUGUUUGUAAAAUUUUGCUACAUACUUACAGCAUAUCUCAUAUUUUCAAAGCUUGUGACUUAUAAAUAUUGGUAAAAAUAAUGUAUAAAUCUAUACAUUAUACUUCAAUUUUGGUCCUCCAUAUGUCCAAGUCCAAAUCAGUUCCAUUCAGUCUGCCGUUCUCCGACAUGUACCCGGUGACUGGUUGAGCUACUAACACGUGACUGUUGAGGACGCUAGCAGCUUCAGUUAGCUAUCAUGCGUCUCUUGCUUUUCUGUCUCCGUUUGACUCUCCUUGCUUGCGGUACUUGUUUCCAACGUUUGUCGCUUCUCGCGUGAUUCUUAAAUCUCGUUGCUGGUCAGCUGGUGUCAGAAGCUGAUCUUCCUUCAGCUGUCAGAGGAAACAUGAACACGGUGGUGACCAAAUUAGAGCCCAAAUGGAUCAGUUUCACCUUCAGGCACCCUUGGUUAGCCGCUACGGCAGCCUCCAAGGUCAAGCUGUCCACACGUCCUCCUGAACCGGUCAUCCCAGCUAAGAAGCCUUUCAAGGCGGAGCUGGUUGGUGGGAAGCAUUACUCGUGGUGCACCUGUGGGCACAGCAGGAAGCAGCCUUUCUGCGAUGGAAGCCACAAAACCCGAGCCCAGGGCCUCUCCCCGCUUCGCUUCGUCCCAGAGAAAGACGCCACAGUUUGGUUGUGUGGAUGCAAACACACCAGCAACCCGCCCUACUGCGACGGCACGCACAAGCAGGACUUCAUUGUAUCUGCUCCGCUACACGAACCAGCAGAGUCCUGAGUGUGGAGGGGUGUGUGUUUCCUGUCAGUGUUUUCAUCAGUGAUUUGACAUUCAUGACAAAGACACUGUUGCAGUCACAUUAGGAUGACUUUACGGUACGACAACAGAGAGCAGUUUAUACUCAGGGUAUUGAGCCUAUAGUAUUAAAAUCGAAGGCCAAAUGUUAAGAUUCCGGCGGCAAACAACCCGGCAGGCACUCCAUGAAGAAGUUGGGAUGCAGUGUUAUGCUGGCCUUGAUUUUGAAGCUCAAGUUUUGUAUCCAUGAGAUGAAAUUAGAGUUGGUGGCAGGCUGUGACAGUCAUUAGCCCACACUGCUCACGCCACAGAGACAAGUCACUCUCUUCUUUCCACUGAACUUUUGAAUGGUGUGUGUAUGUAAAGUAAAAAUAAACAGGGCAGUCUGUACUCUGA